AUGUCCACGAGAACGGAGGAUGGGGAGCUCCUCCGACCCCUGGCCGACUCCGACGACGACCUUUGGCUCGACGCAGCGCGUUUCGUGCUGCAACAGGUGCAGGCACAGACAAAGACCGCUCGCACCGCGUGGAAGCUGCGAAAGCUCCAGUCUUUGCUGCGAAGCAUCGACAGCGGGGCCUACACCCUGGCGCGUGCACACUUGGGUGGCUGGUCCUUGCCCUUCUACCAUCGGUAUCUUCACUACCAGAUGCCCAAGCGCCUGGCGUCUUUGGUGGACACAGCGAAUGGCGCUAACCUGGACCAGGCUACGUUGACGAGUGUCUAUCAGGUCCGGACCAGCGUCAGCCACGCCGUUCGGAUCGCCAGCGUGCGCCAGCACGUGCAGAGACUGCUCUCGAACCGACACUUCGUGAACGCGGGUUUGGAGAAGAAGUCCUGGUGGAUUUUGGAGUGUCCGGAAACGCCACCUUUGAGGCUCAUACACUGGUCCAGGAUUGCAGCUGCUGGACAACUCCCCAAGUACGGCGCAGAAGCUGGCGCCACCUCUGUUGAGGAGCUCCUGGACGAAGUCGAGGACCGACUGGGAGUCUUGCGCGAUGCUGCAGAACGCCAACUCGUUGUAUUCCUCUUGUCUCACCGCUGGCUGCGUACAUCUGGGUCACAGCGUGGCCACCCUGACUCUGCAGAGAACAUCAAGGCCCGCAAGCUGGUGACCUUUGCGAAGUGGUUUAUGCGAAUGGCAGCUGCCGCGGGUGUACAGUGCGAGGUCGCAUUCUGGAUUGAUUACUGCUGCUGCGAGCAGGACGACUUCUUCGGAGCCGACUUGGCCAUGGCCGCAUUGCCGUUGUACAUUGCGGCUUGUACCAAGGUGCUGGUGUGGCGGACCCCGGACUUCGAUCGCCGUUGCUGGACCAUGGUAGAGCGGUUGCUGUCCUACUCCUUCUGCCCUGGCGGCCUCACUCCAUACGUCAUCGACGAUUCCCUGGCGGAGCUUCCAGAGCAUGCAGACCUUUUCCCAGUGGAGUUGCCCAGAGCGGCUCAGGAAGAGGAGAUCUGGGAGGUCCGUGCAGAGGAUGGCAACUGGCAGCCCUUUGAGGAUUCGGCGCAGGAGAUUCUGCGAGCAGCGCAGCUGGCAGGACUACCUCACACUCAGGUGAAAAGUGGUGGCCGGCAAUACGAGAUUGAUUUCAAACGUUUGUGCCAACGCAAUCUGGCCACGGGGACCCGUCGAGAAAUCCGGCUUCGAGCAGCAGCGGUAGUUAGCGUCGGCGGAGAGGCGCAUGACGCGGCGAUGGAGCGCGCUGCACAAGCCGCAAAGCUGCGCAAGUCGCAGGGCAGCGUGGAUGACGUCCUGCAUGAGGCCAUCCAGCGCAUGCCGAAGAAGCUUCCAAACCCCUUGGAUGCAGACAGCUGCUUGCUGACAAGGGAGAGCCAUCGCCGGCACAUAGCCUCACUCGUGAGCAUCGCCCUGGCGAUCCCGGCUUUUGAGGUCUUUGCUGACCGUCAACCAGUGGAAUGGGGGCUGACGGAAGUUAUCGAGCAUUCGCUGGUCGCCCGCCAACCUUUGCCCAUCCGCGACACGGAAACUCGCGCCGGUGGUCCUGCUCGACUGCGUCUCUCUGACGGCCAGCAGCCUUCGAGAGAGCUCGCCACUUCUGCCUGGAAGCUGGUUGUGAUGGAUUCGGGCCAGCGGCAGCAAAGGCAAGCAGAACGACUUUCCGACAUCGACGUUAUCAUCUGGGUGGACUACGGCGAGAGCCCGGAGGGCUCACCCCCCAGCCCAGAAUACAUCGAUCGCUUGUUUGUGGAGGUCGACUUGGCUUUGGGCCAAGGUCUGCGGGAACAGAGGGACGACGCGAUUCGAUCCUUGAUCCUGGCGCUGAAAGCAGACUUGAGCCCGGGCAGAGAGCAAGUCUGUGUCAGGUUUAGGGUUGAGGGCCGGUUAUAUUCUUUCAUUGAGUAUGCUGAUAUUGUAUUAUUGCCGUAA